UCUCAGGUGGAGACCUGGACCAUGGACUUGGGGCUCAACCUGGAUAUCGUCAGGCCUUUUUUGGGCAAAUACCGUUCCUUUGUCGGGCGCUGCUGCCAAAGAUGCACCUCGAAGAGCUGGGGAUUUUUCUUUCACAAGCACCUGGCCUCCAUGGGGUUUUCCAAUGUGAUCAAGAUAACAGAAAAAAACACCAGGUACAGAGGCUGGCUUGUAAGGAGGCUGUGUCACUUCCUGACUGUCUGUGACUGGAGGCUUCCGGCUGAAAUGCCACCCAAUCUCCAGGAAAGGCUCUUUCGCAGCCAAAGAGUGCAAGAGGUGGUGUCUCCAAAAGGCUCCGGGGAAGCUCCAGGGAGCAUCAUCUCUGCAGAAGAGUGGAUGAAGGAGAUCCAUAGGAUUCUCUGCCAGAUACAAGGCCGCCUCUCCCCUUUCCUCUUGAGGUUCUGUCACUGGGUUCUGCUAAAAUUCCUGACCCGGAUAUUCCUCAGAGUGAUAGUCCACAAAGGGCAGCUGGAGAUGGUGCACAAAGCAGGAGAGGUGGCUGAUACUCCCGUGAUUUUCCUUUCUACUCACAAGUCUCACCUGGAUGGUCUGUGGCUUCCGUUCCUUUUGGUCUCCCAGGGCAUAGCUAUGCCACACGUGGCUUGGGAGAACAAAACCUUCACUCCCACCUACAGGGCCCUGUUGGCUUCCCUGGGGGGGCUGUUCCUACCCCAGGGAAUGGGGCAGAGAUGGGACGUUGGUGAAGGCGCCCUCUCCAGAGCUGUGGUGGCCUCCUAUGUCGAAGAACUACUCCUGAGCAAGCAACCCCUGCUGAUCUUCUUGGAAGAGGUCUUCUCAGGGUCUCAGCAGCUCUCCCCCUCUGGUAGAGCUUGGCUGAACUUGGUGCUCAGUGCUUAUUACACUGGGGCUGUCCCAGACGUCACAAUUGUGCCCGUUGGCAUCUCCUAUGAGAGAGCCCCUGACUUCGUUCACAGGGGGGAGGAGUGCCCCACCCGGAUUCUUAGUCUCUGGGCCACGGUGUGGACUCUCUGCAAAGCAGCUUGUCGUGGACAGAGCUGCGUUCGGAUUGACCUUGCACAGCCCUUCUCUUUGCAGGAGUUUGUCACAAACAGAUGUUUCAGGCAGAGCAGCUUUAGGAAGCCCUUGAGGGACCUGCUCUCACCCGAAAUUCUCGGCAGGUGCCCCAGCAUUCUGGAUUGUGAGAAAAUGGAAUGUUGGCCUUCGCACUCUCAAGAUGUCGUGCCACUGCCUGGCGUAGAAGAACAGGUUUUGCUGGACAAUUUGAGCCUGCACACUUUGAGUGCCGGUGUAUCGUGUUCGGCCAUCAUGACAGUCCACAUCCUCUCUGCACUUCUGCUACACAAGCACCAAGAGGGAGUUUUACUUUCUCGGCUGAUGCAAGACUUCGUAUGGAUCACUGAUGAGAUCCUGAUGCGUAACUAUGACGUGGGGUUUUCCGGCCGGGUCCGUGACGUGUUGUGUCAUGGCCUCUCCCUGCUCCGAAGUUGUGUUACCCUCUACAGCCUCUCGUUGGGUGAUGUCUUCCUGGUGGUCAAGAAAACCGAGGCAGCCAUCAGGGAGCUGAGCCACCAUAGCAUGUCCCUCUUGCCUGUCUUCAUCCAGGAAGCCAUCGGAGCCUGCUCCAUCAAUGCCCUUCUGAUGGAGGUACUGCCGUUUUUGGGGACCCCCGAGCAGCUCGGGAACUUCGUCCUGGCCCACGAAGAACUUCACAACAAGUCUGUCUUGCUGGUUCAGCUGCUCCCCAAAGAUUUCCUUCUACGUCUGCCUUGCCAGUCUGUGCAUUAUUAUUGUCAGCAUGCUGUGGACAAGCUGGUGGAGUCUGGACUGUUGGUGGCCGAGGAGGUGCCCAGCGAUUGCUUCGUGUGUGACACAACUCAGAAAGGCUUUGCCGAGAAGUUUCUGUGGAAGGCAACAGAAGAUUUUGUCGAGGUUGAGGGCCGCGAGGAAGCUGAGAAGCAGUGCUUCAAAGUAAGUCAUUCGGAAAGCUGCUCCAACCUCUUUGUGUUCCUUUGUGGCCUCCUCGGCCCUCCGCUGAAGACGCUGGAGAGGGCCAUCAUCUUCCUCCAAGAGCAGGAUUUCCCUCAGCCAGAAUCUCGGUUCAUGGAGGAGCUGCAGAGGGACUUGGUGAGGUUGGCACGAGAGGACGGUUCUUUUGAAUGUGCCAACAGGAGCUUGACCGACACUGCCGUUCGCAUCUGCAAAGAAUUAGGGGUGUUCAAGGAAGUAACGGAAGACAAGGAAGCUCUUCUCCAUCUGUCCGAAACUUUCGCUGCCCGAGAAAACCAAAAAAAACUGGAGAAAUUCAUCCAUCAAUUUAUCUACUAGCUCCUUUUUUGAUCCGUCUUCCUUUAACAGGCAGAACGAUUCAGGGAUCUGGCUAAGAAUUAUCCCCCACCAGUCUGUUUGGAGUCUUGUUUUGUUUGUGUUCUACUUUUGAAAUGUUGUUUUCCAGGAAGGGGAAAUUUUGAGCAAGGCAACGAGGCCAGUUAGGUUAA